AUGGCGACAACACAGUCUGUGAAUGACGCAGUGUCGGACUCAAAAGAAGACCAACCUGAAGACACGCCUAGCUGCCCAAUACAGCAAGACGCUAUAGCCGCACAAGUCAAGGAGGCGCUUGCUGUUCUAUUCACCUUUCGGCUGGUCAACGCUCUGUGUGUACGGACUUUCUUCCAGCCAGAUGAGUAUUACCAGGCUCUUGAACCAGCCUGGCAACUAGUCUUUGGGACAGACAGUGGAGCCUGGAUGACCUGGGAAUGGCAACAUAGACUACGUUCGUCCCUUCACCCCGGCGUGUUCGCCUUGGGUUAUGCGAUUGUCGCAAAUUACCUGUCGACAGUUUCUCUGCCUGCUCAUCAUAGGGUAUAUGCUCUCCUUGCAGCCCCGAAAGUCAUUCAGGCUGGCUUGGCUGCUUUGAGCGAUUGGUACGCAUGGCGACUUGCUGAGAGGCUAUUUGGGCGAAACACUGCAACUUCAUGGUCUGUGCUUCUGAUGAGCAUCGCGAACCCAUGGGUGUGGUAUUGUUCGACCAGGACUUUUUCAAACUCACUUGAGACUACCUUGACCAUUGCAGCCCUCUUCUACUUCCCCUGGGAGGUCUUGGGGAUUCAAAGCCAACAAAGUCAAAAGAAGGACAGCUCUUUUAUCCAAGUGUUUCAAAAACCGGGGUCUGUCAACAGUCUGCGUUUAUCAGUUAUACUCGCUGUCUUAGCAGUCCUAUUACGUCCUACGAAUGGCUUGGUUUGGGCCGCAAUCGGCACCCUCACUGUGAGCCGACUGAGCCUGGAUGGGCAGUCGCCGUUGACGAGGAGAACAAUUUUUAUCCUGGUCCGAGAAACGCUUCUUUGCGGGUCGUUUACUCUGGGUAUAUCCCUAUUUGCUGACAGGCAAUACUUUGGCGAGUGGACAUUUCCACCUUUGAACUGGCUUCACUUUAAUAUUGCCCAAUCCCUAGCUAUAUUCUAUGGGCGCAACGAUUGGCAUUACUACCUUUCGCAGGGUAUCACCUUAUCGUGCACAACCGUUGCGCCUUUUGCAGUGCUGGGUUUGUGGUCUACUCCUGAGACUACCAUCCCUUCCAUCACUAGUAAAAAUGCUUUCAAGGCAUUGAGUUUUGCUGUCCUCGUUACUAUCUCGACGCUAUCAUUCAUCGUCCAUAAAGAGGUCCGCUUCAUCUAUCCUCUACUUCCUAUUCUCCACAUUCUUGCGGCACCUCACAUUACAUCCUUUUUCGUCGUGCCGCAGGAAGGAGGCAUCCCCACAGCGCGCGGUGCCAUUGGUGUCAGGCGCAAGCCACUUCUCGUUGUUGGACUUCUGAUUAAUAUGGUUAUUGGCGCAUAUUUGUCGUACUUCCAUGCUGCUGCGCCCAUUUUGGUCAUGGACCAAUUGCGCGGUGACUUUCAGAGGAUUCACCCUCAAAAUCUGACCAUUCCGCAGCCUUUCGUCUACACGAAUGAGACCGCAGAGCCUCUUGAGCUCUUCGCUCUGUUUCUGACACCUUGUCACACAACACCAUGGCGCUCUCACUUGGUCUAUCCCGCCCUUCGAGCACGUGCAUUAACGUGUGAGCCGCCGCUACAUACAGCUCCCGGGUCCCCAGAGCGCGAGGCCUACGUCCCAGAAGACCAUCGCUUCGAGGCUGAUAAACUUGGAUUUCUAUCUAAAGAGUUGUGGCCACCUCUGGGCAAAAGCGAAGAAUUGCCAAGGUUUAUCAUUGGGUUCGAAGGCAUUGAACCUGCGUUGAAGGAAUACUUUAGCCCCUCAGGCCCAGGCGCAGAGAAAGGCGUCACCUUGAGGCUGCAUUGGAGCGAAUGGAAUGGACUGUUUACUGAUGAUGACAGAAAGGCGGGUGAGUUGAGGAUAUGGGAUACGGGAAUUUACUAA